CAUUGCUAUUUAGUAUCAGCUUGUCCUAUGACUGAGAUAGAAGAAUAACCUACAAGUCUAAGACUGGUGACUGGAUCUCGGUUUGAGGUGCCUUUUGGGCUUCCCGUCUUAUUCCCAGAGUCGCGGUCCUUUACCAUUCCCACCUCAGGCCCCGCAGGAAGUGCCAUUCCUGAAGUGUGGGGGGGUCUCCAUCAAGGACGUUUGUCCCCUCUGUCCCAGACAGGGCUCUGGGUGUGCACAGUGUGGCGUGAAGAUCUGGGUGUAAGCAAGAACACAUUUCCCACCCAGGAAGCCACGACCCUCCCUCGCCGCCUCUGACGCCCUGGCGCCUCCCUUCGAGGAGCCCGUUUCUCCGUUUCUCCGACGGAACCGAGGGCAGCCCCGCGAGCCUGGGGAGCCGGUGCCACUUACCGGGAGAAGGGCGGUGUCCUGCGUGGUGGCAUGGCGUCCCGAGGUGGCUCCUUGGGCCUCAUGGCCUGCCUCCUGCUGCUCCAGUCAGAGCUCUGCGGAGUCUGCCUGGCUGCAGCUGUGUUCUCUACUUCUGGUUUCUCCUCAUCGCACAGCGAGACCCCAGGGGUAGACCCACCGCCUCCCACGCAGGCGCUGGUGACCGAGACGGCCCAUCAGGCUCAAUCUUCUACUUUCAAGCCGUUUACCUUAGGCUGUGGCCAGCCCUUAGUGAAAAUCAUGGGAGGAGAGGAGGCUCAAGAGGGAAAGUGGCCCUGGCAGGUGAGCGUCCGGGUCAGACACAUGCAUGUCUGCGGAGGUUCCCUUAUCAGCGCCCAGUGGGUGCUGACGGCCGCUCACUGCAUUUACAGCCGGAUCCAGUACAAUGUCAAGAUGGGCGAUCGGAGUGUCUACCACGAAAACACAAGCCUGGUGGUUCCCAUCCAGAGCAUCUUUGUCUACCCCCAUUUCUCAUCGGCGAUUGUUGUUAAGAAUGACAUCGCCCUUCUGAAGCUCCAGCACCCCGUGAAUUUCACCUCCAACAUCUACCCCAUCUGCAUCCCUCCAGAGGGCUUCUUUGUGGCAACGGGGACCAAGUGCUGGGUGACCGGAUGGGGCAAAACAGACCCCGGUGCGCCAAGCGUUCCAACAGAUACUCUCCGGGAGGUGGACCAGAAUAUCAUCCAAUAUGAUGAAUGCAAUAGGAUUUUGAAGAGGGUGACAUCAUCUUCAAAUGACCUAGUCAGGAGAGGGAUGAUCUGUGGCUACAAAGAGCAAGGGAAGGAUGCUUGCCAGGGAGAUUCUGGCGGCCCUUUGUCCUGCGAACUUAAUAAUAAGUGGGUGCAGGUGGGAGUCGUGAGCUGGGGCAUCGGCUGUGGUCGCCGUGGAUACCCUGGAGUUUAUACAGACGUUGCCUUCUACAGCAAGUGGCUAACAGCAGUGGUGAACCAGGCUGCUUGUUCCCAUCCCCUGGUCUCCCUCCUCUUACCGCUGUGUUUGCUGCCCCUGUGACACCAUGGGGGCCUGACCACGGCUGCACCUCAUCCCACCCUCUUUCUGAGCCUCUCCCUCCCCCCCUUCCCUUUCCCAAUGCGCUUUCUUCAAAUUCCGUUUGGAAGCCCUUGGCCUGGAGAGAGCCACAGAGACGUGCGUACGUCAGGAACCUGAGACGUCACAGUGUCCUGGCCUGGGGCUCCAGCCCCCAACCUUGGCCACACUGCUCCUGAGCUGCACUCUGCCUGGCAGGAAUGAAGGUGAGCCACUUCCGGCUAGAAGGCACCCUGGCCGGCCUGCCAGGUAGAUGACAGUUACCUAGGAAAGGGCUUCAUCAGCGGUGGGACAAGAGCUAGACCUGACUGUGGUUUCAGGACUCUCUCCUCAGACUCUGUCAUACUAGAGCUAGCUUGGUGAUCACCGAGAGAGAGAGAGAGAGAGAGAGAGAGAGAGAGAGAGAGAGAGAGAGAGAGAGAGAGAGAGAGA